GGAGAGCAUUUGCUGGCUGGCCCCAAUUAUUGUACCCUUGCCCAAAGGGAGGGGCCUCUGCGUGACCCCUCAGAAAUCUAGCAGUCUGGGUUUCCACCUUUCCCCUAUUUAACUCUCAGCCCCCACCCAUCCCCUGGGGUUGCGGCCGGCAGGCCGGGACUUGCAGAACCAAAUGGGCCAGGGGCCAAGUUCAUUCUUUUGGGAGAGAGCAAUGGUACCUUCCCUUAACGGGAAAACGAGAAAUAUUGAGGGGAAGAUGGACUGCGAUCCAAACGCCCUGGCUCUCAGGCCUGGACUCUAGGGCUUAGCCAGAUGCCUAAACCGCCCAAGCCGAGAAAGAACUUAGAAGACAGACAUAACCCUGGGAUUGAGGGAAGGCGCGAGCACCGCCCAGGACCUGGUAGGGUGCGAGCCGCGAGCAGUCCGGGAGGGAGCGCGCCUAGGGCGGAGCGUAGGCUGUGGGGGGAGGGCUGGGAGUCCGGGGCCGCCCCACACCCGCACUCCUCCCGGGUUUCUGCUCUCCGCCCGUGUGGAGUGGUGGGGGCCUGGGUGGGAAUGGGCGUGUGCCAGCGCACGCGCGCUCCCUGGAAGGAGAGGUCUCAGCUAGAACGAGCGGCCCUAGGUUUUCGGAAGGGAGGAUCAGGGAUGUUUGCGAGCGGCUGGAACCAGACGGUGCCGAGGGAGGAAGCGGGCUCCAUGGCUGCCCUCCUGCUGCUGCCCCUGCUGCUGUUGCUACCGCUGCUGCUGCUGAAGCUACACCUCUGGCCGCAGUUGCGCUGGCUCCCGGCGGACUUGGCCUUUGCGGUGCGAGCCCUGUGCUGCAAAAGGGCUCUUCGAGCUCGCGCCCUGGCCGCGGCUGCCGCCGACCCGGAAGGUCCCGAGGGGGGCUGCAGCCUGGCCUGGCGCCUCGCGGAACUGGCCCAGCAGCGCCCCGCGCACACCUUUCUCAUUCACGGCUCGCGGCGCUUUAGCUACUCGGAGGCGGAGCGCGAGAGUAACAGGGCUGCACGCGCCUUCCUACGUGCGCUAGGCUGGGACUGGGGACCCGACGGCGGCGACAGCGGCGAGGGGAGCGCUGGAGAAGGCGAGCGGGCAGCGCCGGGAGCCGGAGAUGCAGCGGCCGGAAGCGGCGCGGAGUUUGCCGGAGGGGACGGUGCCGCCAGAGGUGGAGGAGCCGCCGCCCCUCUGUCACCUGGAGCAACUGUGGCGCUGCUCCUCCCCGCUGGCCCAGAGUUUCUGUGGCUCUGGUUCGGGCUGGCCAAGGCCGGCCUGCGCACGGCCUUUGUGCCCACCGCCCUGCGCCGGGGCCCCCUGCUGCACUGCCUCCGCAGCUGCGGCGCGCGCGCGCUGGUGCUGGCGCCAGAGUUUCUGGAGUCCCUGGAGCCGGACCUGCCCGCCCUGAGAGCCAUGGGGCUCCACCUGUGGGCUGCAGGCCCAGGAACCCACCCUGCUGGAAUUAGCGAUUUGCUGGCUGAAGUGUCCGCUGAAGUGGAUGGACCAGUGCCAGGAUACCUCUCUUCCCCCCAGAGCAUAACAGACACGUGCCUGUACAUCUUCACCUCUGGCACCACGGGCCUCCCCAAGGCUGCCCGGAUCAGUCAUCUGAAGAUCCUGCAAUGCCAGGGCUUCUAUCAGCUGUGUGGUGUCCACCAGGAAGAUGUGAUCUACCUCGCCCUCCCACUCUACCACAUGUCCGGCUCCCUGCUGGGCAUUGUGGGCUGCAUGGGCAUUGGGGCCACAGUGGUGCUGAAGUCCAAGUUCUCGGCUGGUCAGUUCUGGGAAGAUUGCCAGCAGCACAGGGUGACGGUGUUCCAGUACAUUGGGGAGUUGUGCCGAUACCUUGUCAACCAGCCCCCGAGCAAGGCAGAACGUGGCCAUAAGGUCCGGCUGGCAGUGGGCAGCGGGCUGCGCCCAGAUACCUGGGAGCGUUUUGUGCGGCGCUUCGGGCCCCUGCAGGUGCUGGAGACAUAUGGACUGACAGAGGGCAACGUGGCCACCAUCAACUACACAGGACAGCGGGGCGCUGUGGGGCGUGCUUCCUGGCUUUACAAGCAUAUCUUCCCCUUCUCCUUGAUUCGCUAUGAUGUCACCACAGGAGAGCCAAUUCGGGACCCCCAGGGGCACUGUAUGGCCACAUCUCCAGGUGAGCCAGGGCUGCUGGUGGCCCCCGUAAGCCAGCAGUCCCCAUUCCUUGGCUAUGCUGGCGGGCCAGAGCUGGCCCAGGGGAAGUUGCUAAAGGAUGUCUUCCGGCCUGGGGAUGUUUUCUUCAACACUGGGGACCUGCUGGUCUGCGAUGACCAAGGUUUUCUUCGCUUCCAUGAUCGUACUGGAGACACCUUCAGGUGGAAGGGGGAGAAUGUGGCCACAACCGAGGUGGCAGAGGUCUUUGAGGCCCUGGAUUUUCUUCAGGAGGUGAACGUCUAUGGAGUCACUGUGCCAGGGCAUGAAGGCAGGGCUGGAAUGGCAGCCCUAGUUCUGCGUCCCCCCCACUCUUUGGACCUUAUGCAGCUCUACACCCACGUGUCUGAGAACUUGCCACCUUAUGCCCGGCCCCGAUUCCUCAGGCUCCAGGAGUCUUUGGCCACCACAGAGACCUUCAAACAGCAGAAAGUUCGGAUGGCAAAUGAGGGCUUCGACCCCAGCACGCUGUCUGACCCACUGUACGUUCUGGACCAGGCUGUAGGUGCCUACCUGCCCCUCACAACUGCCCGGUACAGCGCCCUCCUGGCAGGAAACCUUCGAAUCUGAGAACUUCCACACCUGAGGCACCUGAGGGAGGGACUCUGUGGGGUAGGGGCCAUUGCAGGUGUACUGGGCUGUCAGGGAUCUUGUCUAUACCAGAACUGCGGUCAGUGUUGUUUUCUAAUAAAUGUGGCUGGAGCUGAUCCAGCUGUCUUUCUGACCUACA